AUGACCUCGCCACUCUCGCCACGCUCGCAAGACUUCCAUCCCAUCUCUGUCAAGAUUCCCGAAGAGAACCGCACCGGCGCGACAGUCCCGUCGGGCUCUGCCAUCUUCAGCCAGUCCGAGAGCGACGUCGACGAGCCCAACUGGAAGUACGCGUCGAGUCAAGAAGACGCUAGCGUGCUUUACAGCAGGCCGCAGAGGCGACACAAGACGAGGACGCUCAGUGCCAGCGAGGGACCACAGACGAUUCUGAGGCAGAGGAACACGUAUGGCCCGGAGCAGGGCGUCGGGACGAGGAGCAGGCGGAUGUCGCACGACGAGCACUCCUUCAAGUCUCGCAAGUUCUUGGUCGACGUCGAGGAGACGAUGAAGCUCGUACUGGAACAGGAGGAUACGGAUGCGAACUUCCAGAUACACGCCGCAGACAAGGGUCCAAAGGUCUUCUCGCUUGGCACCGUCAGCAGCAACGGCUUCAACUCGGUCGACAUCCGCGGCACCUACAUGCUCUCGAACCUUUUGCAAGAACUCGCUCUCGCGCGCGACCACGGCCAGAAGCAGAUUGUCCUUGACGAGGCGCGCCUGAACGAGAACCCCGUCUCGCGCUUGACUCGCAUGAUCCGCAACUCGUUCUGGAGCAACUUGACCCGCCGUAUCGACGGUGAUGGGCUCGAGAAGAUCUGUGCGGACCCAAAGAACCGCGGCUCGAAUCGCGCUCCCCGCAUCUAUGUCCCCGAAGCCGAGCCCGGCAUGCGCAAGUACUACGAGCGCAUCGCCGCCGCCAAACCUCACCUCGGCCUGAUCGUCGACACCGUCCCGACUAACUUUGACGCAAAGUGGGUCAAGGACCAGAACGACAAGCCGGGAAUCCUGGCGCUUGCGAUGAAGGAGGUGUCGAGGGGCGAGGGACAGGAUCCGGAUUACCAGGGCAUUCCGUUUGUCGUGCCCGGAGCGAGGUUCAACGAGCUCUACAACUGGGACUCGUACUUCAUCUCGCUCGGCCUUCUCGCAGACGGCCACGUCGAGCUCGCCAAGGGCAUCGUCGAGCACUUCCUCUUCGAGAUCAGGCACUACCGGAAGAUCCUCAACGGCAACCGCAGCUACUACCUCAUGAGGAGCCAGCCGCCGUUCCUCACCGACCUCGCCCUCCAAGUCUUUGCCCAGCUCGACCCGGAGACGCCCGAGGAGAACAAGGCGUGGCUCAAGCGCGCGAUCCAGGGUGCCAUCGAGGAGUACCACAUCGUGUGGCAGGAGGAGCGCCGCCUCGACCCCGUCACGGGCCUCUCGCGCUACCGCCCCGACGGACUCGGCAUCCCUCCCGAAACCGAGGCAUCGCACUUUACUGCCGUCCUCCAGCCGUACGCUGAGGAGCUUGGCGUCAGCGUCAACGAGUACACCGAGAUGUACAACUCGGGCGAGGUCAAGAACGAGAAGCUCGACGAGUACUUCCUUCACGACCGAGGCGUCCGCGAGUCUGGCCACGACACGACCUACCGUUUCGAGAAGCGGUGCGCGGACCUCGGCACCAUCGACCUCUGCUCGCUCCUGUACAAGAUCGAGAUCGACAUCGCCACGAGCAUCCGGGAACACUUUAACGACUCGCUCGAGCUCGACCACGAGUUCACCCUCACGCCCUUCCCCUUCGGCACAGAAGUCCCCUACAAGCCCACGAAUCCGAACCUGCCAGACCUCUCUCAGCCUCGCUCAUCGACCGCCUCGAAGCAGACCUCGGCGGAAUGGUUCGCGCGCGCCGCGCGGAGGAAGGACCUUGCGGACCACUACCUCUGGCACGAGGGUCGCGGGCUCUACACCGACUACGACUGCAAGAAGAAGAAGCAGUCGCUGUAUGAGUCGGUCACGACGUUUUGGCCGAUGUGGGCAGGAAUGGCGAGCGAGCAACAGGCGGAGAAGAUAAUGCGUUACUCGUUGAUCAAGUUCGAGGUUGCCGGCGGUCUCGUCUCCGGAACGGAGAGUUCGCGCGGUCGCAUCUCUCUGCAGAGGCCGAACCGUCAGUGGGACUACCCUGCGGCGUGGUCUCCCCACCAAAUCAUGGCCUGGGUCGGCUGCUCGAAGUACGGCUACACGCACGAGGCCCAACGGUUGGCGUACCGGUGGCUGCACAUGAUCACCGUCGGGUUCGUCGAGGCCGGAGGCUGUAUCCCGGAGAAGCUCGAUGCGGUGGCAGGAAACGCCAACAUCGAUGCGGAAUACGGCAACCAGGGCACCGACUUCCACCUGAUCCCGCGCGAAGGCUUCGGCUGGACGAACGCCUCGUACCAGGUCGGCCUCACCUUCAUCACGCAGCUCCAGCGUCGCGCGCUCGGCGCCCUCACCCCUCCCGACGUCUUCUUCCGCGCGGGACGCCCUUUCCACCAGCAAUGA